GCUCGGUGCCCUUGGGCUCAAGAACGAUUCACAGUCAUUCAGAAUCGCGGCAACCGAUGCGCCAAACUAUGACGCCCUCCACUGCUUCUAUCCAGCUCUUUGCUACCCCAAAGCGCAACUCCCGCUUCCAGGUCAACGCCAAUGGAUCGCCAGUCCACAAACCCCCGGUUUCAAUAUUAAAAGAUGUUGUGAUGAAACAGAGGAUUCCGACACGGCAAUUGUCGCAGGCAUCUUCCCGAAAUUCCUCGGGAAGCAGCAACGGCAAUCCCUUCCAGUGGGAUCCAUCCCCGAUGCAGUCAGGCAAACCGUCCGCCCUUCAAAGAAGCCCCAAUGCGCGCAAAGGUCACAGGAGACAAAAUUGCGUAAGAAUAUCUCUUGACACACCCACGAUACUGGGUGGAAAUAGUCGCUCUCUGAGCCCGGUAAUGCAUGGGAUUCAGGAGGAAGCGUCCGAGUUCGAAGUCCCGAAGACCUGGUUUGCAUCGCCAGCACCAGCAUGCGCAUCGAGACCACUUCCAAGUCUUCCAGAUACAUCCACUUGUGAACCAAGGCUAAAUACGGCAACUUUGCGCACCUCACUGAUGCCGAGCUCUCCUACGCUGUCUCUAGCGAACUUUUUCCAGGAGCAAAACCGACUAUCCGGCCCGGCUGCGGGUUCGUCUUCGAUCCGCCCGUCGCCGCAAAAGCAUCUAUCAAAGAGUUAUACCGCUGCAGCAUCUCUGGGUACGAUCCCAGCUUUCCCCAGUCCGGUGCGAUCAUCGCAGGCACAGAGCAUUCUCACCCCGGCUCUGUCAGUGUCAAAGUCCUCAACGGAGAUUACCUCUAGCACUUCUUCCCCUGAUACUUCCGAUUUGAUAUCGAAAAACUCAAUCAGCCACGAGCCCCCACCUAAAAUCAAGCCAAGCCCAGACAAGACGUCUCCACGACGUUGCGUAGGUCGGAAGCUGGACACCGUUCAGUUCCAAGCAUUUGUUUCUACCACGCAGUCCAUGAACGAGAGUAAGCUCGAAACAAUGGACAUACUUAACAGGAACAUUUUCAAUCUUGCCAUUUUCGGACCCAGUCAUAGAACUCGUGGGGAAUCGCUGGUGGGCUCCUCACCUGCCUGUUCGCCCAAGUCGACACCACUACGGAAAGACAAGCAAGGAGUGCAAGUGCCCACGCCGCCCACAGUGGAGAAAGCGAGCGGAAAUGAAGUACCUCUUCCUGGAAGUCACAGUACUGCGAGUUUGUUGCCAAUAAAUGACGUGCUUGGCGACCCUCCUUUGGCGCAAAGUGUCCUCGCUCUCCGACGCAUGAACUCCGACGUAAACGAUCUCUGGCGCUCCGACCGACGAUACCGUCGCAUGAAACGCGAGGAAAGCCCGGCGCUGGAAGUGGAAAAAGCGGAACAAGAUACAGGGGCCAACUGGAUCGGUCCCGUCGAAAUCAACGAAGGUGCCACCAACGUGGCCGCUGGCAAGGAGAGACUCCUCGAGAUAAAAGAGGAAGAACCUUCCGACAACAUUCUGAUAGCGAAAGACCGUGCAACCGCUCUCUCGGAACUUACUUUCCCCGAUGCCUUGCGCAAAGCCACAAGCGAAGGCUCCGCCAUAGAGCGACGGCUGAAUCCCGCCGUUUUCGACUCCCAUCGACAAUCCAAACCCAUCCACCGCACCAUCUGGGAAGACGACAAGAGUUUCCGGCCGGGCAACCACCCACCCUCCGCCGAUUCUGUCGCCAUGCCCGUGCAAUGGCUGCGGAACCCGACCAAAUCCCCCCCGCACCUCCGACCCAUGGCCCGGCCCUCGCUCGCAAACCGAAAGUCCUCCGCCACGCCGGCGAAGCAGCCCAUCAGCCCGGAUCGUCGUGAGGCAAGCAAGGAAAACCAGCCGCCUAACGCGCCGAACGCACCUGUGGGCGGGGUGAGCAAGGAUUUAGAGCGGAGCGAGGUGGCGCGACGGCGGGAGAGGGAUCGGAUGAUCAAGCCGGUGUUUCAUGGCACGCCGAAGCGAUCUAGCUUGAUGCGAAAGAGCGCGAUGUUGACGGCUCUUACUCAGAUGGAGGGCGUAGAGGCAACGGAGAAGGAAGUGGGAACGCCGGGGAGUUUGUAUGAUAGAGAGGGGUUUCUGGUGUGCUGAAGCGCUGCUGUUAGGCGAUACCCAGCUCUGAGGUGCCUUGUAAACCAUGGAGUGGAGGAUUUCUAUUUGUGACUGGUACCAGUUUCAUAUAAUCCUGAUAAUGAGGUGCAAGGGUGUUGGAGGGCGUAAUGUGUAAUGGUGAAUGCUUGUGAAGCAUUGUAUUUCGGGUCUUUUGUCUGUACUACGUCUCCGAUGGGUGGAUGCGCAUCGAGGAGGCAAGACAAUACCCUACUCUUAUAAUACCCUUAGUAUAGUGGUUA